AUGCGAAAAAAAUGUGAAUCUAGACAAUCCGCAAUGCAAAAGUACGGUAUUUCACAAGCCACCUUGUUCCGUAUAUACGCACAAAGCGAAAGGAUUAAAAAUGAUUUCGAAAGCAGGAUGGAAUUUAGCACUUUCGAAACACGUUUAAUGCAACGUGCAAUUGAUAUAGAUAGAAUUGUUCACCAAUGGUACUUACGAUGUAAGGAAAGAAACGAACAAAUGACGGAAGCAGACAUAAAGAGAAGAGCUCUAGAAAUUAAUAUGAAGUUACUGGGAACUCCUAGUUUUAGCGCCGGCCGCGCUUGGUUCCAACGCUUUAAAAAACGAUACAGUAUUACUAAUGCGGAUGUCAAGGUAACUGUUCCAGUCAAAACUGAAACCAUUGCAGCGGAAGCCUUUAAAGCUGAUUUUAACAGAUUACUGAUUGAACGUCGGAUCAUACUGCGGAACGUUUACAAUGUCGUUUACACAACAAUAAUGUGGAAAAUAGUGCCAGAAGGAACUUGUAUUAUGGACCGUGCGAAAUUGACAGGAAACCUGGAAAUGUGCGAAGAUUACGUUACUGCACUUUUUUGUGCAAAUGCUACCGGAUGUCGCAAGUUGCCAGUACUACUAAUCGGUACCGAACCGGAUAUUCAUGUUUUACACAAUUACGAUACAGAAGCUUUCUCACCUAUCUACAAAUCAAAUGCCAAUGCUUGCAUGGACAGAACCAUUUUCAAAGAAUGGUACGAACACAUUUUCUUAGAAUCAGUCAAAGCAAGACAACGGGAGGACGCUCCCAGGGAGCAAUAUUUGUUGUUACUCGAUAAUGUUAUGUCACUUCACAAUCUCAAUGAUCUUCACGAUUUAGAUCGUUCCGUUAUAUUUAUGUCUCUUCCAGUUAACGUAUCACCACUCCGUCAACCAAUGAAUUGUGGUAUAAUAUCAUGUUUCAAGCGAAAGUACCGAAUCGAAUUACUGAAAACAACGAUGCCAAUAACUGUUGGCGGCACGGAGGAAGAUCUGAUAGACGUCCAUAAACAAAUAUCCAAGUGGGAUUGCUGCCGGAUUGUACAUAAUGCUUGGUCAAGUGUCGACUAUGCAAUACUGAUAAGCUCGUGGGACAACCUUUUGACGGUUAGAAUGGUGCGGAGUAUAAGUUUCGAAGAUAAAUGGGAAGCUGACAUGCAAGAAAUAUUUAAAAUUAUGAAAGUAUUACCUGCAUGUGAAGAGUGCGAAGAAAUCCAUGUGUAUAACUGGUUUUCUAUUGAGAACCAAUAUGAUAUAGUCAAGAAGAAAUGUGUCGAAGAAGUUCUUCGAGAAUUUAAUGACAAUCCAGUGAAUAUAGGUAUUAUAGACGAUGAAGCUGGACCUUCUCGUGCGAAGCUCUCAAAGAGGAGCUAAGGUGGUUUGAAACACAAAAUGAAAGUAACUCGGUGGAAUUGCUUCUAUUAAAACGCGUAUAUUAAAAAAUGUGUUAAGAUAUAUAAUAUGAUUUAUCGAUAA